CUCCGCCCUAGCUGAUUGUUCCUCGGCUUAUCCCGGUAGGGUCAAGGAGCGCGCCCCUUUACGUUAGCAGCAUCCAAUGAGCGUUGUCAGAGCGAGUCGUUGACCGUGGCGAUGUAUGUGUUGUGUGGUAGCAGCUACGAGCAGGGCUAGACAGGCAGUAUGGCGGAGGAGGGCAGAGUGUACGAGUUAGAGGGGCUGGAAGAACAACUACACACUUUGUUAAGCCGCUACUCCGGCGAUGAACUGGGGGCCGACGGCGGACCCUUCUGCUCGGACUUUUGCAAGUUGGUGGAGGAGUUUGCCUCUCGCUGGCAGGUGCCGUUGCCUCAGCUCAGGAUCCUUGAGAUAGCUCUCUGCUAUUUUGCUCGAGCCUCAAUCUUCUGCACGUCAAACUGUGAUCAUGUGCUCCACACUCUCAGUAGUCUGGCUUUGAGUGUUUUUGAGUUGCUGCUGUUCUUUGACCAGAAGGACUUCCAUCAGGAGCCUCUGAAACACUUCGCUGUUACAUUCCAGGAAUGUUAUGUGGCCCUCGCAAAGCAUGAGAAUGUUCACUUACUUCAGGUGGAGCGGUUGGUUCGGGGCGGCGGCCCUUGGGCCAAUCCAGCCUUACAGGCAAUCCUCAGUGAGUUCAGUUUACCUCAGAAUGAAGUGGAUGGGUGCAUCGGCUCUGAGCUGCCGGUGUUCUUUGAGCUUCGAGUGCGCUACCUUUUAUCCUGCAAGCGCACCAGUGAGGCCGUGGCCUUGGCUCAGUGUUGUGCUCGGCAUCCCACAGCAGGACAACACUCGUUCUUCCUCCAGGUCUACCUCACAUGGCUUUACAAAACGUCACAGCACGACCGCCUAGUUAAAGAGGUGGCUGACCUCAGUGGAAAAGAUGCCGUGCACCUCAUCUGUAGCUUGGAGUGUGAAGAAAAGGAUGAGCUGCUUUUAGGCCUCAGCACAGCAUUCCUGUUGCAGCAGCUCCGCAGGGGAGAUAUGUACUAUUUGUGCGAACUCGUCUUUGUGUGGACAAAACUUCACAGCCGGUUGAAGACAUCGAAACAAGCUCUACUCAAGGAGAGUCAUCAGCUGAUGCUGUCUGCCACUAAUGUCAACUCACUCUUCCCAUUCAUCAGAGCCAUACUUCAAGAAGUGGGUGAGGAUGGUGUCCAGUUCUGUGUGGAGCUCUGUGCGAAUGCCCUGGACUCUUGUCUUCCCUGUGAUGUCCUCACCAAGUCCCUCAUCUACAAAACCAUUGCUGGCCUGCUACCCAACGAUCUGGAGGUUUGCCGGGCAUGCGCUCUCCUCGUCUUUUUCCUGGAGCGAACUGUUGAAUCCUACAAGGUCGUGUACCUUCUCUACAUGCAUCCCGAUCAGGAGUACCACGUGGAGCACAGCCCCAUUGGAAAUCAUGUUCGCUUCGAAACCCUCCAGAUCUUGAAGAAGGAUCUAUACUUUGACCCAGAGUUUUGGAACCUCAUUGCAUUGCGGACCAACUGUUUGAAACUGAUGAGUGAGAAGGUGGUCAGUGCUGCCCUCGAAGAAAUCAUGGACGACAAAUGGAUCUCUAACUACUUUGCCAAAGAGCCCACACUCCGAUCAAGAGCGUCAGCAUGCCAGAGAGGAAGUAAAAAUGCACUUCAGGGGAAGAAGCGGCACAGUAAAGAGGAUACUGACACCACAGGCAAAAGACUGAAGGUGGGUUCUGGAAAAACAGGACUAAAUGUUGAUUAUGCUGUAAAGAAGAAAGGUUCACGGGCGUUGAAGGAAGCGUCUUCGGGACCUUUGAGGCGCUCAUUGUGGCAGUUGGACAGAAUACAGGAGAGUGGAGAACACAGACGAACUACACGGCUGUCAGAGAAGAACCCGCCUAAACGGAGGAUCAGAAGGCCCAAGUGGCUCCUGGAAGACUCAGGAACUCUUGAGGAGAAUAACAUUCCUUUGAGGAUGAAAAACAUGAAAAGCAUCAAUCAUCUGUCAUGAGGAGGUCUGAAGCUAGUCAGAUCAAGAACAAACACAAACCUUCAGUGACCUCUCAUUUGAAGGUAAAGGAGAACAACAACAACAAGCACCACAAAGGUUCUUUGGACUGUAAUAAACCAUCCCCACCUGCACAAGUAAUUCUGGAGCUCUCCCUACCAGACAAUGAGCUGCUGGGUACGUUUACUGAGGAUGCUUGCAACAGACAAAGAGGGUUUCCUCAAGUGCUUCUUUACAAACCUACAGUGAAGAUUCCUGCCACGUUAGAACCUGUAAAAUCUGUACAUCGCAAAGAGGUGGUUCUUCGAGCACGGGAUGCAGCUAUGUUUAUCCAACAGCUGCAUUGUUAUGCACGGAGGCAAAAAGGAAAAGGCAAUGGGUCUAAUGUUCAGAGCUCAGUUUCAACAAUCACACGGUCAUCCAUGCAGGGAAGUCCUCCGAAAGAUCCACCGAGAGAGGAGAUGAAAGGCGGAGUUGUCCUUCGGCCAACAGCAGCAGCAGCUAGAGAUGCAGAAUCCCCAGUUAUAGAUAAAGUCCUUCAGACUCAAACUACAAAAGUAGUCACACGAAAGACUUUGUCAGCAAGAGAGCUCCCUGAAAAGUCUGCUGUUGAGAUGAAAGGAACUGUUGCUUCUCAGAGGUCAGCAGCAGCAAAGCUGACCAAGUCUCCACUAUUAAAUAAAAACCAUCAAGCUCAGAGCACAAAAGUUACUGCAGGGUCUGACGAAGUCAGAGUCUCAAAUGGAGAUGAGGUUCUUCAAUCUCAAACUGCUGCUUCUGCAGGAGUGCAAUGUGAAGAGCCUGCUGUGGAGAUGAAAGUCACCAUUGCUUCACAAUCCCAGGUUUUAGACAAGGUCUCGAAACAUCCAUCUGUGGAAGACGUUGCAAAAGCUGACGCUUCACAAACCUCCAUAGCAGACAAAAAUCAGAAGAAACUUACAGACAAAAUCCCUCUAAUCUCCAAUAAAGCUGCUGUUUCAAACUCUGGAGCUGCAGAUCCUGCUGUCUUACAGUCUCCCGAUACUACACUUAGAGGUGUGGAACAGGUUCAAAGGGGCAGAAAUUCCCUUCCAGUCAGUAACAGUGUUUCUGAAAUGGACGUCACAACCUCAGAGGGACAUGUGCCUUGUAAGAAUGACACAAGCCCUAGAAAAAUGUUGCAGUUCUGAGUAAAGUGUCGGAAACUGAGGCUCCCUAUACACCUGUAGAUCAGGGCGGUAUGAGCGACAUGUCUGCUCUGACAUUAGUAACAGAAAUGGUUACUGAACUUGCACCUGAACAGCUUUCUCGAGAUCUGGAGAAUGACAAGCAGCGGGCUCCAGGCGGCAGUGCCUCCAAAGACUCAAGAGUACGAAGUAAACCUAAAGUUCCUCAUAGAACACGGACGACCUCCAGCUGCUCUAUACAGGAACAGGAGGCAACUGAUGUGCAAGGAAAGAAAGUCAAAGACAGAAAUCAGGAUGUUGAUUCAAAUAUACCUGAGAACAGUGAGGUGAUGGAAACAGCACCAGAAUCUGAGGAAUCCAAAUUGGAAUACUGUUGUACCUUCUGCAACAAGGCCUUCAAGGGAAGUCGUGUUGUUGCACAUGCAAUGUUCCACUACCGAAAAGAUGAGUGCAUGUUCUGUGGGACGAUGUUCAAAGACGACCUCCUGGCCAUGAUGCACUUGUCUGAUCACAUAGAGAAGCUAAAGAGGAUCAAAGAGUCAACCGAUAGCCAAGCCCAAGAAAACAGGAUCUCUGACGCCAAAGAUAUCUCCACACCCAAACCUCUGCCAAAGCCAAGACCUCAAGUAUGUCUUCUGGGUGUCGGAGUAGGGGGAGACCGAAGAAAUCCGAUAUCUGUCCGAAAUCAGUCACCCCGCCAGAUUCGAGUCCUUCUGAAUCCAGAAAAUUGAGAUCGAAGGACAAGCCAGUGGAGGGAUUGUAUUUACAAGAAACACAGAACGGUUCAAAGCACCUUAAUAGUAAAACUGCUGUUCACAAGGUAAAUGGGCAUAUUGGCAACAAGAAAGAAUUUGAGAGAUCGAAGAAGGCUUUGCAGCAUGAGGUUUCUCAAGGAAAAGUGAGUGGUGGAGCUGUGAAUCCCAGGUUGCAAGAAAAGAUAGAGAGAGAUUCUUCUGCAACAUCGGUCCAGGGAAAGAAAAAAUUGCUUCUUCGACAGAAGAAAAAAUUAAGGAGACUGAGUCUCUGCAGGCUCUGAAGGCAGCCACAAAACAAAAUGGGAAAGUUGAGAAAAAUGUGGAACCACAAGAGAAAGUUUGUUGUCCUGCAGAUGGAUGCUCUUGGUUUACAGACCUGUCAAAGAACCGUGUCGCCCUCCUGUACCAUGCCCUCGAAGACCACUACGGGGAGGUCAAACCUUUAGAGCUGGCGUUUCGUGUUGGAAACAGCAGAUGCAGUAUUUGCAUGAGGGUUCUAUGGAGCUUUGAACAUUUUCAGCAUCAUGUUGAAAGACACAGACUCACUCCUCGGCAUCCUUGCCUUCAUCGAGGUUGUACUUCCAGAUUCAAAAACGGAAUGGAAAUGAGACGCCAUGCCAGGAAGCACAGUCCACUGCAGGCAGUGUGCUGCCUCCCUGGAUGUUCUAAACUAUUUAUUUGUCUUUGGGCACUGAACCUUCAUGAAAGAGAGCAUUAUGCUUCCAAAUCAACUAAACCAGACACAAACACAAAUGUGCAAACAAGUGACAAACAUAUUACCACACCAUUUGGGAAGAAACACCAUCCAAGUUCAAAUGAGACUCGCACUGCCACUUCUGUUGAUAAGACUGAGAGGGUAAAAGCUGCUUGGAAGUCAAAAGAACAGACUAUUCAUGGCUCGCAAGGAGGCGAGCAUCCAAAGGCUCCUCCUCUCUCCACUCCAGCAUCUUUGAUAAAACAAGAGUUAAAAGAGAGAAAUAAGAGCAAGGAUUCAAAUGUAUUGAAGAAUCUCUCCAACAAGGACACUUCUGCAAAGCCUACUGGUCCUCAUCUUAGGUUAAGGCAAACUUUAAGAAAAGAGCAGGUAACAGACACAACCGUGGCACCUCCCAAAAUUCACAGUGUUAUCUCAUCGUCACUGUUAAAACACAGCAGCAAACUGAGGCAGAAGUUUAAGAAGAAGAAGCAGGUCCAGGUCAACACAAAAGGUCUGAAAAGAAGAGGACGCCCUCCAAAAUCUCACAAAGUAGUGGACGAUGAAAACUCUACUGAAACUCUGAAGGAAAAAACUACCCUGCAGAAGAGUCAGAAGAGCCCUGUUCAGUCUUCUCCCACAGGAACAGUUGAGAAUGCAACAGCAAGUAAAAGGUUAAAAGUAGAAGAGAAGAGUCGGCAGCUUCAAAGUGUAGCCAAAACUGCAUCCAAUAAAUCAAAGUCCAAGAACUCAGUCAGCAAGCAGAUUAAAAGGAAUAAUGUUAAGCAAAAAGGGAUCUCACAUGAUGCUCCAUCAAACACUUUAGAACAGUCCAACACGGAGCCCAAAACACAGAAGUUAAAUGCUGCUAAAGUUAAGAAAAUGCACAAAAAUGAAACUCCCUCUGCACCUUCAGACUCCAGCAAAUCGGAGAAGCACAACAUGGCAAACAGUAAAGUCAACAAAAAGACAACCAGGAAUAUUCACCUGAAGCAAGAAGCAGACGUCCCAUCAGUUGCCAUGUCCAAAUCCGCUGUUGAACAAGUUGAGGGCAAUGGAGAAGCAGUGGAACGUUCUGCUGACAACGAGGUAAAAGUAAAGGUAGAAAACACAGACUCAACACAAAAUAACUCCGGUAACUCUGAUUUAUCUGUCCCGGUCAACAGCCUAAAUGUCCCAGCUGCAACAGAGAAAAUGCACUCAGUGAAGAAAGAAAAAAAGUCAAAGAAGUUGAACGUCACAGAAAAAGGGAAGAAUGCUCCUUCAAACUCAGGCAUGGCAAUUAAGAAGCAUAAAGACCCUCAUAAAAAGGAGGACAGAAAGUCUGUCAAGAAAAAGCGGCCAUGCAAAGAUGAAGGCAAAGCGUCUGAAUCGAAAAAGAGGGAAAAAUGUGACGUCCAACAACAGAGCGAGACCAAAGAGGCAGCAGCAUUAGUAAAGAACGCUCUUAAUGAGGAUGGAAAAGGACAAAAGGAAGCUUCAGAUAACUCGGGUCCCUCCGUGCCUGCUGUCUCUAAUACCAUAAAUGACACCCCUGAAAAUAGCACACAGAAGGCAAUGAAGAAGAAAAAGUCACCGAAAAUGAAUGUGACAAAAACGACAGACCAGAGCAAAGCAAAUAAGAAGCGCAAGGAUGUUCAUAAAGACGAUGGUGCAAAGAUCAUCAAGAAACAACACAAAGAUGGUCGUGGCCCAUCAGCAUCUAAGACACCUGAAGUCCAACCGCUUACUGAGGUCAAAGCAGAAGCAGCAGGGAGCUCUGAAGGCGACAAAGCUGCAGCAGAAACACCGCCAACUACAAUCAGUGGCCCCGGUUACUCUUUAAUAAAGAAUGGACAAGCCUUGAGUGGGGAUGGCAAAUCAACAGUGCAUGAAACUCUUGCACAGUACAGUAAGAAGCCAUACAUGCGUCUGCCGCCUACAGCGUACCUGGAUGAGAAGUACAUCACCAUGCCAAAAAGACGGAAGGAGAUGCUGUUUUUCGAGCCAUCUCAGAGAAGCGCUGCUCCUGAACUGGCCUCUGUGAUGGCGGCUCUGCAGAGACAACGAUGUGCCAACUGUUUCGCUACCUUCAACACUGCUGAGGAGCUGCAGAGUCACCUCCAGCGGCAGAAGUGCUCCAACGUCUUUGGAUUUGACUCUGACGACGAAGGGGACAGCUUGUUCAAUUAAGUGAACUGAGGUUUUGAAUUACCUAACAGACUGACCUGUGGACCAGCUUGGAGCUCCUGGAUGGAUUGUACCUCAACAGAUCAGUGACCUCUGGAUCACAUGUUCAUCGCUCUGGGCAAAAAAAUCAAGCGUUUGGGGAUGUAGACCGAAUAACUAAAAGGGUACCAGACUUUAGCUGCUGUAAAGCAAAGACCCGGGAAAAAUAAUAGCCCAUCAGCAGUCAGACUACUGAACUGAACCUGUCAGAUUGUUAGAAGGACAGCUCGUACUGAAGUGCCUGCUCUGGAACCUCCGUGCUGUUUUCCAGCCGCUUCGCCUGAUUUGGAGAUGGAGCAUCGUGGCUUAAAGACUGGACUCGAAAGCUGUGAAAAAUAAUUAACGCAAGACUACAAAGCUGCUCCUGCUCUCAUUAGGAUACAUAUUUUUCACAUCAGUAAGCCAUAAAAUGAAAUUGUUUGCUUUUUGCACUGUUCUCAUGAGAUUUUUCUGUUCAUUUGUUUCUCCUUAAACUCGAAGGGGUGGGGGUGCACAGCGGAAGUCGCAUCUGAAAGUUUGUGCUGUUUCUACACCCUAAGGUUAAAGACAUAAUUUAGACUGAGUCUAAAGUUGUAAGGUCGCUGUAUCAGUCUUCUUUGAGAAGCUUUUAAUGGAUAAAUCUUGUUUAAAUACUAAUUGUAUUUCUUUUAAUAAGUUCCCUAUGGGCUCAGUAGGCCUGUGCUGCUUGUCCUGACCAUAAGUAACCAGUAGGGGUCAGUGUGCACCAGUCUUUUACUUCCUGCUUCCACAACGGAACAUUAUUGUUUUCUCUUUUCGCAACAGAAACACACAGAGCUGCUACACUGCAUUUACUGCACUCAAGAAAUGGCUUCGCUUCCAAUUCCUUCUGGCAGACUGUCGUUCAUUUAGCAAUAACAGCUGCAACCCACAAAAUGUGCAUCCAGUUAAUUUAUCGCUGGGAUCCAUCAAUUAACCGUGUUCUCUUCAUUUGUCAGUGAAGCAGCUGACAUUCGGGUUCAUUUUAUAUAUUGUCACUUCCACAUAUUUUUUUCUAUCUUUACUGAACUGUUCCAAACAUUACGAUGUAUCUAUUAGAGUGAAUGUUCUCGUUCAGGAUUCCUUCAGAGAAAGUGUUACUGGGAGGCCGCACCAGUCUAUCGUGAGGAGCAGCAGGUUCUAUUUAUUUAUGUUUUAUUUUCUAUCUUUUGUAAAUAUUUGAAGAGUUUCAAUGGCCUAUUCUAUAAGGGGGAUGUUGGAGCUGGGUUUAUAUUUUGUUCUUGAAGAAAAAUAAAACUUAUUUCAAAUGGCA